AAAUUUGGAAUAUUAAUAUUGCUAAUUAAGCGUUUCUUGAUCGGCCAGUAAUCAUUCUCCUUAGAAAUUCUUCCGCCGAUCACGCUCAAUUCCAGCAUAUCAUACCAAAUGGAGAUGAAGAAAAUUGCCUGCGCCGUCAUCUUCGCCGCCGCCUCAGUCAGCGCCGUCAUGGCCAACGAUGCCGUGGCAGCCCCUGCGCCCGCCCCAACCGGCGGCACCUCAGCUAGCCUCCCCGCCCUUGGCUCAUUGGUUGGUGCCUCCCUCGUGUCCUUUGUCGCCUACUACUUGCACUAAAUUGUUUUGAUGCACAGCAAGGGAGUGCAAACAAAGAUGAAGAUCGCUAAUUUAUCUUAUAUCCCUCUUUGUUUAAUUUCUCAUUCUGAACCUAUUUUUUUAAUUGUACUUUAUUGGAAUUUCUCUUUCCCAUCGUUUGCUUUUGCUUGUUAUGUGAAUCAUGAUCUGUAACAUUUCAAUGUAAUUAA